UUGGUUGCUGCCGCAAGUUACGCCAACGCAGCCCGGGAUACACUCGUAUAAAGCCCGUCCGUCAAAACACAUACGUCAUGGCAGGACCGCGCUCCAUCUCUCGGUCGACGAAGGUGGUUGCCACAAGCGGAGCUGGCAAGCACGUCAAGGGGAAAAACAAGCACAAAAACAGGGGGAAAAAAAAGGUGCCGCCGCUCACGAGCUGGGACCAUGACAACUCCUCCGCGGCCGAGUCGGAUGACGAGGAGCCCACUCCCGCCGGUGCUGGCAAGAAGCGUCCACGAGAGGUAGUUGGUAGAGAUAGGGCACAGGCGCAAGCACCGGAUGAUCAGCGUGCUAGUGUCCUGAAAACCUCUGGCGAUGCGUCGAAGAGAAAACGAGUUGCUGGCCAUGAAGCAAGCGGUGGUGGAGCCGAAGAGAGGUCUAGCAGUGGCAGCAGCAGCGACGAUGGGGAGGACGGCGGAGCAGACGAGGGGGGCGGGGGAAGGAAGGGAAAUAGUACGCCUGCUGUGGCCGCGGGUGGCAUGGGGGCCGUCAUGGCCAGGAUUAUAGGGCAAAAACUGGACACUCGGGUGCAGGCGCCUGUCCUAGCCAAGCGCAAGACGAAGACCAUGAAAGAAAUGGAAAACGCUUCGGUGAAGCGAGCGGAAACCAGAGGGAAGUCGGCUGCCAGACGAGCAAACAUGACGCAGCAGUUCGUCAUCCCCGACCACACCACGACAGACUACGAGCGACAGCUCAAGAAGAUCGCCACGCGGGGGGUGGUGGCUCUUUUCAACGCCAUCAGCAAGCGCCAGAACGAAGGGGGCGCCUCCGCUGGUGGCGCCGGCGGCGGCAGCAGCGGUAACAACGUGGCAGCAACGGCCAAAGCGACCGUGGUAAAGGGUGCCUCGCGGCACGCCUUCUUGAACAUGUUGAAAACCGGCGUCAAGCCCACCGGGGGCGCUGCUGAAGCAGCCGCUGGUGCGGGUGUUGGGUCUGGUGGAAAGAGAGGAGGUGGUAGCGCGGGAGGAGGAGGCGGAGUUGUUGGUGAAGGACACGAGGAUGGAGGUCGUUCGUGGUCGGUGCUUAAGGAAGACUAUAUGAUGGGUGCGAGCACGAUGAAGAACUGGGACCAGGACAGCGCGGACUCUGAAAUAGACGCUAUUGGGAGACCCAGCAACGAUAUGUCAGAUGAGGACAGCGACUGACUCAACAUUGUGGCGUGGUGGUGUCGUUCAUGGGCAUGUCAACGCGAUCCCUUCCCUCUUUUGUAGUGCAACAUCGGGUAUGCAGUUGCUCUGUUUUGCUCUCGCGGUAUACGGUGAUUCUCCCACCAUGUGCUGCGUACGUGGUGAUGCACUGGUGGUCUUGUUUUCGCAGCGCGGUCUUGUGUCGUGUCGGAGCCGACGACGGCGUGGCAACAAAAUUUCACCUUAAACGCCAUCUCAAUGUUGUUGUUGAGCUUUCCCUUUGUCCGGUUGGUGCCCUGGAAGGGUCGAGCAGUUCCUCCCGUUUUUUCUUUCACUCGAGAGUAAACCCACAACUUAAAAGGUCAGAAAGUUACGGGAUCACCCGACUCUCAAGCUGUGAAGAAGCGGCAUAAAUUUUGCAUUGUUGUGGCACUCAUCGAUAGCGCGGGCUCUACCGCCAGCUAGAUAGCUGUUGCAGCUCGAGGGGUCGCUUAGAAUCGUGAAGUCGAGGGUUAAGUGUGUUAGAAUCAAGCCGCUGGCAAACUGGCUCCUCUGCGGCCGGAACCCUAACAGAGAAUACCUACCCCACGAUACUAAGGCAAUACCUACCGCACUACUAGGCAGCUAGCAUUUUUAGGGGUUGCUCAGAUUGUUGAAUCUACGUGCUGAAACAAAUCCUCUCUGGCACCCAUCGUCAGGUUUGGUUUUGAUUUCGGUUUCCUUCAUGUGAUUUCAGCACUGCAUGAUGAGCUCAUCGAGCUGGAGUUGUAUCGUUGUUCAUACUGACGGUGUUUCAUGGAGGACCUUGCCCCCCCACACGGGUUGUUUUGCGUGAAACGUCGUGGCAACUGACCGCUGUUCUUGUCGCAACCUACAGCAAGCUGUUGUUAGAUUUUGGGGAGGCCUGUUGAAGAAUUCGUGGACGUGGAUUGUUGGUGUUGGUCGUUUGGGGCCAUACGACAGGAGGCGGUAAAGGCGAGCGUGUUGGAUGACACCAAACGAUAUGCAAAAAAAUUGAGCUGGGAAUUGACCCGGAGGCCUCAUCCUGAUUGGCGAAGACCAUCGAGAACCGUUUUUUGGUAGUUCAAGCGGAGGGUACCGCAAUAGGUUCCUUCGAGACCCA